CCCGCCAUCUCCGACCACCCACCACCACCGCCCUCCGCCGCGUUCCAUCUCCUCUCCCCUAUCCAAGAAACCGCUCCCGCCGCCGCAGUCGGCCCGUACCGGCCGGGGAAGAUGAAGCUGCUCUACCACCACGCCAUCUCCAACGCGCCGUACCUCAUGCUGGCCGCGGCCGCCGCGGCCGUGGCGCUGCGGGCGUCGCGGCUGGCCCCCGCCGACGACCUCGCCACGGCGCGGGAGCUGCUGGCGACGAACCUCCCGCUCGCCGUGGCGCUCCUCGCGGCGGCGGUCGUGCUCGCCACCGCCUACCUGAUGCGGCGGCCGAGGCCGGUGUACCUGCUCGACUUCGCGUGCUACAAGCCCGGUCCCGAGCACGUGGUGACGAGGGAGACGUUCAUGGCGCAGUCGGCGGCGGCCGGCGCGUUCACCGGCGACAGCCUGGCGUUCCAGCGGAAGAUCCUGGAGCGGUCGGGGCUCGGGCAGGGGACCUACUUCCCGGCGGCGGUGCUCAACUCGCCGCCGAACCCGUGCAUGGCGGAGGCGCGGCGGGAGGCGGAGCAGGUGAUGUUCGGCGCCAUCGACGCCGUGCUGGCAAAGACCGGCGUCCGGGCCAGGGACAUCGGCGUCGUCGUCGUCAACUGCAGCCUCUUCAACCCGACACCGUCGCUGUCCGCCAUGAUCGUCAACCACUACAAGCUCCGCGGGAACGUCGCCACCUACAACCUCGGCGGCAUGGGCUGCAGCGCCGGCCUCAUCUCCAUUGACCUCGCCAAGCAGCUGCUCCAGGUUCACCGGAACUCGUACGCGUUGGUGGUGAGCAUGGAGAACAUCACGCUCAACUGGUACUGGGGCAACAACCGCUCCAUGCUCGUCUCCAACUGCCUCUUCCGGAUGGGCGGCGCCGCCAUCCUCCUCAGCAACCGCGGCGGCGACCGCCGCCGCGCCAAGUACCAGCUGCUGCACACGGUGCGCACCCACAGCGGCGCCGCCGACCGCGCCUACCGCUGCGUGUUCCAGGAGGAGGACGACGCCGCCGGCGUCGGCGUCGCGCUCUCCAAGGACCUCAUGGCCGUCGCCGGCGAGGCCCUCCGCACCAACAUCACCACCCUGGGGCCCCUCGUCCUCCCCAUGUCCGAGCAGAUCCUGUUCCUGGCGUCGCUCGUGGCGCGCCGCGUGUUCGGCCUCGCCGGCGUGAGGCCCUACAUCCCGGACUUCAAGAUGGCGUUCGACCACUUCUGCAUCCACGCCGGCGGCCGCGCCGUGCUCGACACCAUCGAGAAGAACCUCGGCCUCGGCGCCUGGCACAUGGAGCCGUCGCGGAUGACGCUCUACCGGUGGGGCAACACGUCGAGCAGCUCGCUCUGGUACGAGCUCGCGUACGCCGAGGCCAAGGGCCGCGUCCGCCGCGGACAGACGGCGUGGCAGAUCGCGUUCGGCUCCGGGUUCAAGUGCAACAGCGCCGUGUGGAGGGCGCUCCGCACCGUCGAGCCCGACGCCGACGAGCGCAACCCGUGGGCGGGGGAGAUCGACAGCUUCCCCGUCGAGGUGCCCAAGGUGGAGGCCGUCGCCACCGCCACCGCCGACGCCGCGUCGUCGUGAGAUCGCCGCCGCCGGCGAUGGCGACGAGGAUGAUGGUGGUUCUUGCAGGCUCGGUUGUUUGACUUGUUUUUCUUAGUUUCUUUCUUGUUUUUUUCUUUCCUUUUCUUUUGGGGUUUUGAAGUAUAUACCAUCAAAUUCAAAUUAAUGUACGCUAUAACGUCAGGCAACCUGUAAACAUUAUUUAAAUUUGAUGAUGGUUUAAACUAAGGUGACUUGGUUUGGAACCUGAUGUUUGGAUUCAUCGUAACUGAGAGCCUGAGAGCCUGAGAUAGAUGAUGUGGGCUGGAAAAGGAAAAUGAAAUCAUUCCAAAUUGUAUAAACUUAUGUGUAACUGAUAUAGCAUGGGAUGGGCCUAAUGGGCCACGUUUUAUA